AUGGCAGUCAGCGACGAUCCCGACUCGGCGCCGUCCCCGCGCUACAGGAUGUUGUGCCCGGGAGUCAUGGUUCUGGUUUCCUUGCCCUUGGUCGAAUUCAGCCUCCGUGUCGGAAUCCUCGUCGACGCUGCCAAGUUUGCCUUCCGCUCCGGUGCUCGCAGCACCAGUGACCUUCUUGAAACAAUCGACGCCAAUAAGAACGACAGGCUCUACACUGAGCUGCUAAAGCUUUCGCGCCAAGUCCAAGAUCAGAGCCAGGGCUUUCAGAGCGAUAAGGAGAUUAGUUUACAGCUUGCUUUCCACGCAAUCGAGGUUGAGCGUUUUUCAUUCAUAGACGAUACAUCAUACCGUUGA